AUGCAGCGCGAAGAGAAACAACAAGAAGCAAUUCUUGAUGCAAUUAUUAUGAGAGUAAACGAAAUCAAGAACUCUAUAGGCCAUAUGAUAAUGAUUUUAGAAACUCAAUAUGAAACUAUUAACUGGCCUUCUUUUCUGGACAAUUUUGCUUUAUUAUCAAGUCAUCUUACAGGAUUAUCAAAAAUUCUCCAAGUUGAAAUGGGUCCUCAGUUGCGUAGCUUGACUGUGUUACCUUUGCUAUUAAUUCAAGAUAGAGACGAUGAACUAUGCAAGCUUACUGAAAAUCGUCGUGUUCCAACAUUUUCUCAUGACUUAGUGCCAAAUAUGUUGAGGACAAAACCCGAACCAAGUGCUGAAUGAUUGAAAAUGUUACAACUGGAGCAAAAAGCUGCUAGUUUAAAUUAUGAUACUGCACAGUUCACAUGA